CCUAUUCCCCACCCGAUUGUAAAGUGGGCACUCGAGUGGAAGGGGUUUUCGGGCAAUCAAUAACAAAUAAAACACGUAGCUACAACAAAUUAUGUAGUGGCUUAAUUUUAGACACAAAAAACACGAACGUGAAUUCCUGACCGAGUUUCAAAGGCACCCCCGCAACACCUGCGCCCCUCCAGCGCCCACAACUCCCACACAACACAACACAACACAGGUGAACACACAUCAGACGAGGCGACCAGACGAGUCGAGACGCGACGCGACGCGACGCUUUUGGUUGUCCAGGUAACGUUCGCCAUGAAAACUAAACGAAAAUAGCAAAACAAAACGAAAACGAUAACGAAAAUGAAACCAAAUGAAAGCGCCAACCGAAGCCAAGCCAAGCCAGGACAACACAGGACGAAAGGUGUCAAGCCCAGCCAGUGGGGCCCCCUCAUUGAUGACAUGUUCUAAAAACUCAAACUGGCAGCGGAUACAACGACGGACAGUCGCGCUGACAAGUUAACAACGAGAUUAUAUCAUCGCAGCAGCUUCAAGAGCAGGACAAGCAUCCAGGACGAUAACGAGGUGUCGCACCACAAGUGGACAAACGGUCUAACAAACUACUGGAAGAAGCUUGCGCUUUGCUCCGUCGCGGCGACAGUUGAGCUCGACACUCGCAGGCACACUGGGGAACUGCAUAGACAUCGACUCCGUGGCCGUUGUGCAACACAAGCUGGUGCAUAGAAUUGUCGGGGGCAAGAUGACCGCGCCUGUUCUCUACUAUCUGCCCCCGAGUCCUCCCUGCCGGAGCAUUCUGUUGCUGGCCAAGAUGCUCGGACUGGAGUUCGAGCUGAAGAUUGUCAACAUUCUGGAGGGGGAGCAGCUAAAGCCGGAAUUUGUGGCCAUGAAUCCGCAACACUGUCUGCCCACCAUGAACGACGAGGGUCUCGUGCUCUGGGAAAGUCGCGCUAUUCUCUCGUACUUGGUGGCGGCCUAUGGCAAAAGUGAUGAGCUCUAUCCAACUGACAUUCGAGUUCGCGCCUUGGUUGAUCAGCGACUGCAGUUUGAUCUAGGAACUUUAUACCAGCGCCUCACCGAUUACUAUUUCCCAACCAUGUUUAUUGGCGCUCCUCUCGAUGAGGGCAAGCGAGCCCGGCUAACUGAAGCUGUUGGCUGGUUGAAUGCCAUUUUGGAAGGUCGCGAAUUUGCUGCCGCGGAUCACUUUACCAUUGCUGAUCUAACUUUGUUGGUCACAGUGUCACAACUGGAGGCCUUUGGCCUUGAGCUGAAACCCUAUAAACAUGUUCGUGCCUGGCUGGAACGCUGCAAGGAGCACAUGACGCCCUACGACUACGAGGAACUAAACGGCAGCAAGGCUAUUCUACUGGCCGAUAUGUUCAAGGCUAAGAUGAAUCUCUCGACUCCUAGCACCUGAAGUUGUAUAAUGAAUAUUUGUUUUGGGUUUUCUUUAAUAAAUAGCUAUCGUUGUCAAAAACAACUCAGGUGUUGAUUUGCUUCUUUAUG